AUGUUUGCUCUUCGUACCAAAUCUGCAUUCAGUGCUGCUAGGUUGAUUUCUUCACCAGUCAACUCCACUAGAUUUUUCUCCAUCUCAAGAUUUGUUUUAAAUUCAAAUUCCAACCCAAAUACUCCAGUUAAAACUGCCAACUCUUUAAGUGAAGUUGAAGGUCCAGAAACUCUUAUUGGUCCUGGUGCCAAACCAGACACUGUUCCAACCGAUUUAGAACAAGCUACUGGUUUAGAAAGAUUGGAAUUAUUAGGUAAAUUUGAUGGUAUUGAUUUCUUUGAUCAAAAACCUUUGGAUGCCUCAAGAAGAGGUACAAUUGCUGACCCAAUUGUUGUAGAUUCAUUCGAUGAUAACAGAUUUGUCGGUUGUACUGGUUAUCCAGCUGAUUCCCAUGAGGUCUUAUGGUUAAAUCCAACUGUCGACCAAGUCGCAAGAUGUUGGGAAUGUGGUUCAGUUUAUAAAGUAAAUAGAGUUACAAUUCCACAAGCUGAUCCUCACCACCAUUAA